CUGGUUAAAAUAUCAUUUAGGGGAUUACGGUCUACAUAUUCCUGCAAUUCCUUUAUUUUGUGAUAAUACCAGCACCAUAUGUAUGACUAAAAACCCAGUGCAGCAUUCACGGACAAAACACAUUGAGAUCAAAUACCAUUUCAUCCGAGAAUUGGUGGACAAUCAGGUUAUUUCGCUCAAUUACAUUCCUACAGAGUAUCAGCUAGCUGAUUUGUUUACUAAGCCUCUGUCAACUGACCGGUUUGUGGUUCUGUGUUAUGAUAUUGGACUUAGAUCUCCAGAAAAUCUUAGAGAUUUUCUUGCAGACUGAGUCUUGCCUUUCUUUGAUUUAUUUGCUUUCCUUGUUUAUGUUAUCUUUCUUGCUCUAUUUACUUUCUGCACCUUUCCUUCGUGAUUUUUAUUUCCUUAUUCUCUGAGGGCCUGUGUGUCGACUCCUAUUCCUUGCUCUAUUUAUACCUCUUGAAUUUGUGAGCUAUGUCAUUCUGCCCUAGCCCCUCGUAGCAACUUUGUAUCUGUGUCUCCCUAAAAUCAUGAAUCGAGUCUUCGCCCAUACCUAUACUGGCUCCCUGUUCUCAGAUCCAGUUUCGCUGAGUCGUCAUCGUCAUACCCUUUUUUAUGAGGACCGACCCAUAGCCACCCCGAUUCAUGUCCAUAUUCCUGACUUAGUGGAUUAUGGCCUUGAUGUCCGGGGAUUCAUCCACAAUCUGGGAUGGUAUUUCCUCCUGGAGGACCCUCCAACCCUUAUUUGUCCAGAGCUAGUGCGGUUCUUUUAUUCAAAUCUUCGAUCUUUUGGUCUUCAUGGUCGUAGUUUUUCCACUGUGGUCUAUGGUCAUCAGGUGACUAUUCCUGUCUCUGAUUUGGCUCGGCUUCUGAAUAUUCCUCCCAUUGAUGAAUCUCUCACUCAUGAGUCAGAACUGUGGCGCUUUAACUUCAAUAUUGCUGCCGAAUUCAUUCAGUUGACUGGUAUUCACCCUGGUCCUGCAACCUUUCUUCCUGUCUCUUCGGUUUUACCUAGUCUGCGAGCCUUUCAUUUUGUUAUCUCCAUGAUUCUGAUCCCUCGCACUCAAUCUCUCAACGUCAUUCUUCCUCUUGAUCCGUGGAUUAUGGCUCAUGCUAUUUCCAACGUUCCUCUGGAUUUCUCUUAUCUUCUCUUCGGUGUCUUUAUGAUAUAUGGAGAUACUAGUUAUCCUGGUCCCCUUCCCUUUGGUCCUACAAUCACCCAACUUGUUAUUCGACUUGGCAUUCCUACCUCCUCCUUCCGCACUGAACUUAGUGCUCGAUUCCUAUCCAUCGAUCAAGUUCUUGACCAGUUGGAGCUUGCAAACGAGGGGGAGAUGGCUGCUGAUGAAUCUGAAGGGGAGAUGGCUGCUGAUGAACCUGAAGAGGAGGAUGCUGACAUGAUCAACGACGUAGAUGCUGUGCCUGAAGCAAUUCCUGAAGAAAAUCCUGUGGCAGGAGAAGAUGUGGAGAAUGUCAUUGAAGAUCUGGAUGAUCUUGAUGGUGACUCUCUCGAUCAGUUCGCUGCAGCACUAGCCUUUGCUGAAGAGGGUUUUUACGUUGCUGCUGCUGCUGUAGCACCUGGUGGGCUAUCUGGAGGUUUGGUAGACUACAGCUCGGAUGAUGAGUCAGUUUAGGGGGAGAACUGUUUAGAGGGAGAACUGUUUGAGAUUAACUUUCUUCUUGGGGGAGCUCUUGUCUCCAUAUGUUUACUGUUAGCUCUUUUGACUUGCUUGAUCUGGUUUGUUGGAUGCUUUAUUGUUUUGUUGGAUCUGGUUUGUUGGAUGCUUUGAAUUGCUGGAUCAAGUUUGCGAGAUGCUAGUUCGUUUUCUUUGUGUUGCUCUUGUGGUUUGUUGUGCUUUUGUGUUUUACCUCUUUUUGCAGGAUUUAUAUCAUUUGCAAGCUCUGAUCUAGGGGGAGAUUGUUGGACGAGAUCAGAGCUAAUCAUACAAGGAAAGCCUGCAAUUUUUGGUAAUUCCUUGCUACAUCAAAGCUAAUCACCAACGGCCCUCUUCUCCAACGAUCUGCUAGAGGAGGAUUAUAUAAACGCUGGUUUGCGGUCCAUUCAAGUAGGCUUUUGAGUUUCUGAGAUUGGUGGUAGAGGGCUAGUUCAUCAGAACAAAAGAGUGAUCAUCUCCAGGGGUAUAGGUUCUGUGAGAGUGGCUGAAGUAUACAGAGUUUGGGUUAAACUCUGGUGGUUUCAUUGAGUCUUCUUGUCUUGUAAUUGUGUCAUUAAAACAUAUAAAUAUAGUGUCUCUCGGUAGUAGUGUGUACUAUUACCGAGACGAGGACGUAGCCAUUAUUGGUGAACCUCGUUAAAUCGCUGCGUUCUUUUCUUCUUGCUUUGAUUUCGUUACCUCUGCUGCUUGACUCUGUUCUUCUUCCUCUGCAUUCCAGAAAGAAGAAUAGCUUCUGUUAUUUCAGGCUUAGGCUGCCUGCAAGCCCAUUUCGACGCUUAUUUCAGUUCUCCAUUUUUUUGGGCUUUGCGUUUUAAUCUUGGCCCAUUCUCGAGUAAGAAGAAGAAGAGCAGAAGCGCUUUCUAGUUCUGUCAUUCUCUUCUUCCUCUUUUCGACUAUCGCGUUUCCUUCCAACCUCUCAAAUCCCUAAUAAAAAAAAUCCUUUUUUCAAAACCCUAUUUCCAAAUCGAUCUUCACUUAUGCUAUGUCGUUUUUGCCACUACUUGGUUGUACGUUUGCUUUUCUGCCAAACUUGCUAUUGUUUCCUUUUCAAGCAAACAAACAACUUGUAGCAGCUGGUUCUCUUCUUCUGUAAUGGUUUCUCUAUAAGAGCCAAAUCUAAUCAAUGAGAAAGGCUUCAAGCCUUAGGGUUUAAAUCUUUGUUAAAUGCACACUUACUUCAAUAAAACAGAAAACGAUGUUACUCGGUUCACACCUUUUCAAACACCUUUUGAACGGGGGUGUUCAAUGCAUACAUCCAAGGAUCUACUUACUGUUUACCUACGAUCCUAUGAAGAUUCUUUGGAUCCUCUUUCUUUUAUCACUUAGGAGCCGUGCGAGAUGAAAGUCUCAUGCAUGGUAUCAUACACCAAACAACUUGGAUGGUAUCCAUGUUGACUAAGAAAAUCAUUCAUGGAUGGUAACCAGAUUAGAUGGUCAUCACCAUCACAAAACAUGGACGACACCAUCCAUUUAAUAGUUGGGAUAGUGUCCAUGAUAUGGGAUGAUACCAUGCAUCCCUUUGGGGUUGGAUAGUAUACAUGUUAUUGGAUGACACCAUCCAAUUAGAAGUUGUAUGGUGUCCAAAAUGAAUGGGAUGGUACCAUCCAUAAUAGGGUUUGGAUGAUAACCAUGAUGUUGGACAAUACCAUCCAUAAUAGGGUUGGAUAAGGUGUCUAUGGUGUUGGACGGUACCAUCCAAAAUAGGGUUUGUAUGGUAUCCAUGAUGUUGGACGAUAUCAUCCAUAAUAGGGUUGGAGGAUGUUCGUGGUUGAUACAUUAACCAUUUUGGAUGAUUACCUUAUAUCGAGCUACCAUCCGCCAUUCCUAUUGCCCGACUUGAUAAAUUGGACCAUACAAAUACACAUGGACCAACUACUUAAAGUGACAAUAUUGUUCAUACAAGAUUUAUUUUGGUGUAAAACUCAAUCGAAUUACUAACCAAUCAAGUAUUAGUCUUCUUCGGUUUGGCAUCCCAUUCAAUUCGGUCAGGUCAAAUUUCUCGAAUCGAAUGACUACUCCUAUCAUCAAUUAUUGGCUUCAAGACUUCUCUCCAUCUGUCUUAUGUGCUUACAGCUUAUGUUCCGUCAUAUACUGCCCAUGAAUGGGGAACCAGUGGUGUCCAGUACUGCAGUUCCUUGAGCACUGAGAAGGCUGGUUAAAUUCCAAUUAUAAAACAUUAAGAAGCUCCAAUUGGAAACAAGUAGGCCUAUUAGCUCAGUUGGUUAGAGCGUCGUGCUAAUAACGCGAAGGUCACAGGUUCGAGACCUGUAUGGGCCAUUUAUUUUGCGACUAUUUUUCGUUGUUUUGUAGCUUCUCCUUGCUGUUUGAGCGGGCUAACCGCGCUUAUUAUGGACCAUAGACGCUUACAUGGGCUAUUGUGCCCGGGCUGGGCUAUAUAAUGGAGACUGAUAUUUGUUGCCCUCUAUGUGUGCUGUGGGGCGUGGGCCGUUUAAUCGUUCUUUUUAGAGAAACCCAUUUAAUGGAUGUCAUCAAAUUUUGGAGCAAAUUGCAAGUUGAUCACCCAACUUUAUUUUUUAGCAAACAUUUUACUAGCUCACAAAACUCUGGCUUAAUUAACUUAGGGAAAGUUGAUCUACACCCUCCAUCCAAAUCGCAAGGAAGAUUCAUACGCUCACGAUGGCAUGUUCCCUCUUAACCAAGCUUACAGGACUUGCUCAUUUCGCAACCUCCCUUCACACACAUGUUGGUCAAAUGUUUGUUUAUGUGCACGUUUCUUAUAAGUAACCUCUAUAACAGGAGGUGGCAGUUUCUGCAACUGCAAGCAUUGGGGUUUCGACAUUUCGCAGUCAUUCACGAGCAGCAUAAUAGAUUGUCGUGAGCAUGAAGACUGCAUUAACUCGUGAUCACAUUACCAAUUAAAUGGAACGAUAAUCAAGCAUUCAAUGUAAAAGUGGCUUAUACCUUUAAUGAAUUCAUAAACCAAUGAAGUAAUUGAGACAUAGUAGAACAUCAUGCGUACAGAUAGUACACACAUGCACGCAGGUGUAAGAAUUUUUUGAGACCGGUUAAACUUUUACAUCUACUUCAAUAAACUCGAGCAAUAGGGGGGGAAAAUGCUAACCAAAUCCAUUGAUAUCCCAAGUACAUGAGAUAUGAGCCAAAGAUGUACUAAAGAAUUACAUCCUCUAGGAAACCUCUACACAUUUCGCAUCAUCAUCUUCCAUCUCCAAGACAGAUUCUGAGCCCUUUAUUUGGCCCACCACAAUUUCCAAUUAUUUGAGAUCAGACAUGGGCCAAAUAAAAUGGGGCCGUUAUAUGUGAACGUGAGCCAGAGGGAGGUGGGGUUGUAUCCAGGCAAAAAAGUCUAAAAUGGCCCGGCCCAGAUUCAACAGCGGCAGACCUGAGACGUGUAAUAUUUGAAAUGCAUUUUGUCACAACUCACAAACAUCAUCCUUACAACCUCUAACGAUCUCAUAACUCAUAAGUCAUAACCAGUUUCAACGAAAUAAAUGAAAAUGAAAAUG